GAUAAACAGUAUAUAAAAAAGAUGACCGGAACAAUGGAAAACGACAAACUGAAUGGCGACUGCGCAGACGAUGGAAAUCUUAAUCAAACAGAAGAAGACAUGAACAAAAUUAACGCCCUAAAGUCAGAGAAAAUUGAACCUGAAUUGUACAACAGGGAAGACUCAGAAUCUCCUGUAGAUAGAGUGAAAUUUGCGGGACUUGGCAGUAUCGACAGUAUAUGUUCUGAAGAAUCCGAGGACGACGAAAUUCCUCCCAUACCGGAUGGAGGAUGGAGCUGGGUGGUUGUAGCAGCAUCAUUUAUAGUCACCUGCGUUGCUGACGGACUAUGUUUCUCUUUUGGAGUCCUCCAUUUAGCAUUCAAACAACAUUUCAAGUCUAAAGAAUCAAUGACAUCUCUAAUAGGCAGCUUGUUCUUGGCCACUCCUUUAAUAGCUGGACCUAUCAUGAGUGCUUUAGUCGAUAGAUUUGGAUGUCGAGGCAUGACUAUGAUCGCUGGUGUACUUUCUUCUAUAGGAUUUUUACUUUCAUCUGUUAGCAAUUCAGUAGAAAUGUUAUGUUUAACGUUUGGUUUCCUAUCUGGAUUAGGAAUGGGAGUGUUACAUGUGACUGCAGUAGUGUCAGUGGCAUUUUGGUUUGACAAAAAGAGGAAUUUAGCUGUAUCACUCGCUUCGUGCGGUUUUGGAGUUGGAACGUUCAUCUUUUCACCACUUGUUAACUGGUUAAUAGAAAACUAUGGUUGGAGGAGCACAAUAAUAGUUCUAGCCGGUGUUCUGUUGCAUAUGUGCGUAUGCGGCGCAGUAAUGAGAAACCCGGAGUGGUUGGAAGUUAAGGAGAGAAAGGAGCGUAAGUUGUUAAAGAAAUCACGGUCUCGCAGAACGUCUAGUGCUGGGUCGACCUCUUCGAGGUCUGUUGGGGGAGAGUCCGUGUUUCUGACUGCGGAAGAAUUGAAGUCUUUAUUAAAAAGCGGAAAGAGUCCAGAUUACAUUCUGGCUACCUUGGCAUCUUCUAUAGCGGAGGCCGAGGAACUGGAGGCUACGACACAGAUGAACGUUGAAAACUCCUUACUGAGGAUGCAUUCUGCUAUUCAUUUACCCACUUUUGUGCAACAGAACGAAAAGGUUCCUCCAGAAGUAAUAGAAAAUCUAAUGGAAGACACUCGUCUAUACAACAUAAUCAUACAGAACUACCCCGAUCUAGUUAAUAGGAGGAAAUCCGCCGUCCAACUCAAUGUUGAAAAACCUCCUCCUGGUUCCGUAAUAACACCUGCUAAACUACCAGUAGAGGUUUUUGUCAAAGUUAAAAAUGUAAAAGAGAAAACACCAGACGAAGAUAAAGAAAACAAAGACGUAAAGCAAAAUAAUGUUCAAAAUAAAGAAAAUGAAAAUACAGGUUUAACUUCUAGUCAAAUGGAAGAAGAAUCGACAAAUGUUAAUAAUGACUCGAGGACAAUGAAAAAUACAGUUGGUCCUGAUAAAAAGCCUCAAGCAAAACCUCAACCGAAACCUCAACAAGGAUGGAUCAGGCAAAUUUCAGGCGAUCACCACUAUUUAAGGGAGUUGCCUUUGUAUAGAAAUAAUAUGGUUUACAGAGGAGCGAUGAUGAACAUACCUAGAUAUAGACUAAGAGCUGCAUCGAUGCCGGACAUGUAUAGAAAUUCUAUGUGGUCUAUGGCUUCAUCUGUUGAUAUGACCAUAUGGGACCGUGUUCUCGAAGUAGCAAAGUCAAUAUUCGACGUGCGUAUGCUCACAGAGUUCCACUUCGUGCUGUUUAACGUGUCGUCUAUUAUCAUGGCCGUUUGGUCCAUCGUACCUUUCUUCUACCUCAAGUCGUAUAUGGUAGAGAACGGCUCUAAGGGGGGUGAAGUCAUGACAAGUAUUACAGGUGCUACGAGCGGAGUUGGCAUUGUGUUCCUGGGCUGGGCAGGAGAUAGACCCUGGAUGAAUGUGUCUAAAGCAUACGCAUUAUGCCUCAUUCUUUCUGGCCUAUCAGUUGCCGCGUACCCUCCAUUCAUCGACAACUACUGGGCUUUGGUUGUCAUAUCCGCAAUCUUCGGGUUCACUUUCGCGAGUUCCUAUUCCUACAUACCAGCGAUAUUGAUGGAGCUAAUGCCAAUUGAUUAUUUCACUGUUGCGUAUGGCUUGAUGUUGCUGAGCGAGGGUAUCGGACAUUUGGCAGGACCACCAAUUGCUGGUAGUAUCUAUGACCUAACAAAAACUUGGGACCUGACAUUCUACAUCGCUGGCAUCUGGCUGAUUAUAUCAGGACUGUGCGUGGGAGUGUUGGCGUAUACCAACAACUUCAGGAUAUGCGGAAAAUCCGCUCUGCUGAAUGAUGAACAUGAAGAAAUGAAGAAGAAAGUGGCUGAUGAUGUGUGAAAAGCUGUAAUGAUGACAAGCUUCGCUUGAUUAUAAAAGCGUCAACUCACCAAGGCAAUGGCUGACAAGAUUUGGAAGAAUUCUACAGUGCUCUACAAUUGAACAUUGAUGACAAUACAUAACUUUUAUCGUAGCAGAUAACAGAUAUUAGGAAAGUUUUUUGAGGCCACAUAUUUUUAUAUAACCACUUGACGUCUUGAGUUGUAGUUUGCGUCAAACUUGUUCUGUGAACGAGUUAUAUAAAAUUGUUUAUAAUUGUAAGUUUUUUUAGAAAAAAUAAACCGACCUCAAAAGUUUGUGGAAUUACAUCCAUUUGCCAAGUUUUAUUGAAAUUGAAUUUAUUGAGAUUGAAAUCGGUUAACGGAAAGUGGGUGAAAUCUAAUAAACCGGCUUUAUCCUCCUUGCGCAGCAUCGGAUUCAUAUUCUUUACGAAUCCGAGACUGUACCAGCAAUGUAGAAAACUCCGACCCACUUUGGAUGUCGCGUGUAUGCCUAGAGAUAAAAUGAUCUUUGUGAUAUUUCGAACCGUCAUUAUUCGUAUUCGGAACUGGGGGUCUACUCUCCUCCGUCAGACGUCCGUCCGAAAAAAUAACUGUCAAAUAAGUAAUAUUUGACCAAAUUAAAACACAACGUCAAGUAUGAAGCUUCACUCGCAUCAUGCGUCACUCGCACCCCCUGAUACGAAUCGGCUGCACAAACGCUCUUAGAGGUUUAAUUUUUUUUUAUUUAAAUGAAACUACUAAGAACUGAGAUACUUAACCCUUUUCCAACAAAGUAAGAAUCAUCAAAAUCAGUUAAUAGAUAUCGGAGUAAUGUAAAAAUACAUACAAAAAUUACAAUCGAAUUGAAAAUCUCUUUCUUUCUUUAAAAUCUGUUUUAACAGCUAUACGUACGAUUUAGAAAUAUGUAAGUAAUGCGAGUAAUUUAAUUACAAUUUGAAAAUAGAAUGACUUCAACUGUCUUUUGAUUUCCACAGAACAAUAAAUACAGUAGAAGUGCUUAGUUUGUGUAGGACGUGUGCCAACAGUACGCGGAGUUCCAGGUAUGUAAGCUCAGUACGCCAUUUCCAAGUGUGGAGUGCAAAAAUGGUUGUCGAACUUGUAAUAACAUUAUCAGCACAUUGAUUAAAAUUUCAAUAUAAAAUUAAAGCGUUAUAACAUGCAAUAAUAAGUAUCGAACAUUCAACGAUAUGCCAACUGGGUAAAGUUUAAAUUACAUUAACAGCUCAGAAUUUGUUAUUUCUUUUUAAAUUAGAAACUACGAUUAAUCAUCAUCAAGAUUGCGUAGUGUUUCAAAUUAUGUAUUUGUGAAUAUUGGCGACAGUGGUUCUGAUGGUAAUAACUCUGUACAUUAUUUCGCUAAAGACCAAAGUACCUAAUGUACGUUCCAGGUGUUAAGUAUGCAGGCUUAAAAAAA